AUGUCUUCCGAAACGGACGUUCAAUACUCGCCAGUGCUGGAGAUACCUCCCGGAUAUGUUGUUAUAACACCGCGGGUGUUCAGCAUUGAUGGUCGAGAAACGAUUCUCCAGCUACCCCCAGUUCAGAUACUGCCACCCACGUUGGAGCAGUUGGCACAAGCUGUAGAAGAGUUAUACAACAGAGAAACGGGUCUUUUCUUCAUCCACCAGCAGCAAGGCGCUAAGGAACAAGCAUUUAUGGACUCCGUCAUUCCGCCUAAAGCACUAGCCUCUUUAGCCAACCAAGGAUCAGACAUCAAGGAGAGCAAGGCUGCCACGACCCUCGCGUUUCAGGCUCUGGACUUGUUGACUGACGUCAUACUGAAUGCAACGAUGUCUGAGGUAACAGAUGUGGACGUGUUCGCUGUGUAUAACACUUCCAAGGUACAUGUAAGGAUUCAGCGACAAAAUAAAAGUGACUCCGAGGAGAAAGUGUACCUGGUUGAGGGAAUAAGUGACUCGUUAGUUCGCAUUCCUUCAGUGGCGUCACUGGUCGGAGACAAGUGCACGAUGGAAGACACAGUAGUUAUACAGUUCUUUGAGGCCAACUUCAACCCGUUCGAGUACUCUGAAAACUCGUACGGUAUCCAGUCCGACGUUGUAGGCCUCCACGUCAGAUGUGGGGAUAAGAAGAUUUCCGUGUCCGAUCUAGAGGAGCCGAUCGACAUCCUGACACGGAGGGAGGACGAAGGAGGCCUCGACAAUAUGACGUACAUCUUCUCUGAUUCGGCGGAAUUGGGGAAUUUAUCGGUGUUCCGGUUUUAUGCCAAAAAGGAAUUUUCCUCUUUCGGCUUCAGUCUAGACGUCAGCACUGAAAACAGUUCUGUCUCCUGGCAAAGCGCGACGCUGUAUCUGAACAAGCACGAGCCACCCACCACGGAUACAUAUGGAUGGUCAGGUUCCCUACCGCUACCAGAUGAUGAGCUUUUUACUCUUCCGAGUUUGAACAUGACGUCCAACCCGCACCAGUGGCACGUUGGGUUGCUAUCAAAUACAACCCAUAUCCACUGCCGAUGUAACCACCUGACCAAGUUUGCUGGUUUUGUGUCGCCAAAUCCACUCAACAUUGAGGAAGUUCUGAACCUCGGCCUCGUUGCUCUAAGCGAAAACCCUGUGGGACUCGCCCUGGUACUCGCGGUUUUCGCCUCCUACCUGUUUGGUCUCCUGUGUGUGAGGAAGGCAGAUAGAAAGGACCUAACGAAGGUUGGACUUUGGCUGCUACCCGGCCACAGGCUGAACCCCAGGAAGGACUGUCAGUACGUGGUUACUGUGUACACCGGGCUGCGGGGAAACGCUGGCACUACUGCUGAUAUUUCCAUCUCCUUGUACGGCUUUACGGAGUACAGCCCCGCGAUCGUACUCAAAGACUCCCAGCGGUUUCUGUUUGAGCGUGGAAGUGUGGAUUCCUUCCUGGUCUCCAUAGAACAGCCUGUAGGGCCACUGACUCAUCUGCGUGUGUGGCACAACAACGCCGGGUACAGCCCUGCAUGGUUCCUCAGUCAAGUGGUUAUUGUCAACAGAGGGACGAACGAAACAACCUAUUUCUUGGCAAACAGGUGGUUUGGUGUCGAUGAGGAAGAUGGGCAGAUUGACCGCAUGAUUCCCUCGGCUCCACCGGAGGAAUUGGCGAAGUUUCGCAACGUGUUUUGGGCCAAAAGCUACAGGGACAUGAGCGACGAUCAUAUGUGGUUUUCCGUUGCUUUACGUCCCGCGCGGAGCCCCUUCACCCGAGUCCAGCGGCUGUCCUGCUGCCUGACGCUGCUCUACUGCACCAUGUUUACCAACAUAAUGUUCUUCGGCCGCGGGGACGACUUCGACCCGCCAGAACCGAUCAGGUUGGCCGGUGUGGAGAUCAAGCCACCAAUUUCUCUACCGCAGUUGAUGAUCGGCGUACAGAGUGCACUCAUCAUUCUCCCUGUCAAUCUCUUGAUCGCCCUUUUCUUCCGCUAUUCCGGAAGAAACACAAAAACAGCAACCAACGAUGAGAAAACAAAACCUCAGUCGGCAGAUGUCCCCGUCCUGGAAUCUUCGAAGCUGGAUGGUUCAUUUGGUUCUAACACACCGUCCUAUUGGUGCCCGACCAACAGACCUGCCGUCGGCAUGGCCGUGAGAGACAAACAUGUCGCGGCAUGCGGUACACAAUCGUCAGGAACGACUCACCUCGAUCGCAGCCCGGGAAAUGAUGAAAAUGAGCGACCCGGUUCGGCAAAGAAGUUCUCUCUCCCCUCGUGGUGUGUGUUCUUAGGUUGGCUGCUUGUCUGGUCGGCGAGCUUCGUGGCCGCCUUCUUCACCAUCCUGUACUCGCUCAGCUUCGGUCCGGCGAAGGCGGAGGCCUGGGCCGUCACUUUCCUGACGUCAUUUUUUACCGACAUGCUGCUGAUCCAACCCGUCAAGCUAGUUCUGGUGGCCGUGGUUUUUGCCCUGCUCUUCAGGAAACCCGUGGAGGACGAGAAUCCACCCGCCUCACCUCUAGCAGAUGAUGAGGAAUUCCUGCAGAACGAUGCUGAGUCUCCAGGUCAUGAAACGCCAGCAUCGCCACCGGAUGAAUCCACCUUGGAAGAAGUGAGGGCCAGGAGCGCAGAGAAACGUAAACGCCGUAACGCCGUUCUGGAGGUGCUGGUGUUCGGACUGUUCUUUGCGGCCAUCAUGCUGGUAGCUUACGGCGAGAGGAGUCCGCUGGCCUUCCACAUGACACAGAACGUGAGGGAGAACAUCAUGGGAGGGCAGGACGACAUUCCAGAUAUUAAGGACAUUCCAUCAUUCUGGGAAUGGGUAACGGACGGUUUGAUUCCUGCCACGCACUCGGAAGAACUGUACAACGGGGAAGCCACGUACGGUGACAUGGUACUACCGGACAUGUUAACCCAUCCACUAGGCAGGACACAACUGAGACAAGUCCGGCUAGUACCGGGUCCACUUUGCCAGACGGCCGAACAGCUGAGAACCUUACUGCCACGAUGUAACACUGGUUACUCGCAUUUAAAUGCAGAUACAGGGGACUACAUCGAGGGCUGGAUUCCACAAAAUGAUACGUCGAACUUUAAUGAUACCUCCAACUCCACGGAACCAACUACGUGUCCUUCCCACUGGAAUAUAACGUUGGACAUGCCUGGAGUUGGGGAGUGUCUGACAGGAAAUUCGACAUGGAAAUACACGUUUGCUUCUGUCAGCGACAGCUUUCCACAUGUCGCAAAACACGGCACCUACCUCAGCGAGGGUGGGUACUCAACAACUUUUGGAACGGAACCGGAGGCCAGCCAAGCAGCGGCGACGUUCUUACAGCAGCACAACUGGCUGGACGAGCGGACCCGAGCCGUGUUUGUGGAGCUGAUUCUCUACAACCCACACGCCAACCUGUUCUCCGUGGUCACGAUCGUGGUAGAGUUCACGCCGCUCGGAGCUGCCUUCACCAGUGGAGAAGUUGUGACUCUGCGGCUGAUUCAGCGGGACGCCCUACUCCUGCUGGCGUUCCGAGUUUUGAUGGGGAUGUUCUUGGUGUUCUUUACUGCAAAAGAAGGUGAAAACUUUGUUUAUUCUGUCAUUUUAGCCAAAAAGAUCCACUCACGUCCGAUCCAGUACCUGGGUGAGUUCUGGAGCUGGGUUGAGCUUCUAGUCAUUUUCAUCGGUUUCUCCACCCUCGGCGUCUACCUGAAAGCUCAGUUCAUCAUCGAUGAGACGGCCGAGCAACGAGCAUCUCCUGUCUUUGAGCUUUACAGAAGUGCAGCCAACUGGUACGGAGUCUACACGUACCUGUUAGGUUUUCUCAUCUGUUGUGUUACACUGAAAUUCAUUCAACUUCUUCGAUUCAACUCGCACGUUUUGUCUCUGACUAUGACCCUCAAAAAGUCCUUCAAACCCGUGAUGCAGUUCUGCGUCAUCGCUGGCAUCGUCCUAAUGGCUUUCACUCUAAUGGGUAACCUUCUGUUUGGUACGAAGAUUCAGGGUUAUAAGAACAUAUUAUCCAGCCUGGGGAGUUUGUGUACCAUGAUGUUGGGCAGUUUUGACUUCGAUGCUAUCGUGGAGGGCCACACAAUGCUUGGUCCACUUAUGUUCUUCUCGUACCAAUUCAUGAUGCAGUUUGUAUUACUGAGUAUGUUCAUGACUAUUAUUAUGGACGUGUACACAGAGGAAGGUCUAGAUCCAAAGACAGAAAACUUACAGAUAGUAAACUUCAUCAGGGAUACUACUUCGGUAGCUGUGGGUAACGCAGGCUGUACUAUCGUUACGGUAGGAAAGAGAACGAUGGAUAGAACCAAUGCUGAAGUACAAACUCCCGAUCCAAACAAAAACCAGGGCAAAAUUGCGUGUAUGCUUUGGGAACUUAAUGACCCACACAGGAUUUAG